UAGGCAGUCCCAAAUUUAACUUCAAGACCAACGGAUCGCGUCGCUUUCGCUGCAAACUCUCUUCUCUGACUGUCUCCGAAACGAUCGCAACAGAUUCCAGAUCAACGCCCGAGACACUUUUAAUUUGAAUUUAAAAGUGAAUUCAAAAAUAAAGUAGAAUUUUUGUUGCGGCCUUAUUUACAAUGAAUUCGCGUAGUCGUCGUCGUGGCCAGCAGCAAUGCCUGUUUGUCAAGCUUCAUCAGCUGUUCCUGCUUCAACUCGCGCUGCUGCUUCUACCAUCCGCUGCUGAUGGACGUCCUACUGCUACAGAAUCUGCAGCUGAAACACUUUACUAUGUGAAUCAACCGGCGGAUGCUGCCGGAAAUUAUAAUUUUGAGUUUCAGACCUCCAAUGGGAUCACCACCAAGGCGGCGGGCAACGAACAUGGUGCAGUUGGUGUGGUUCAAUAUGUGUCCAAGGAAGGAAUCCCAGUGACCUUCACCUAUGUGGCCGAUGAGAAUGGUUAUCAGCCCUCAGGAGAUUUUGCUCCACCUCAUUUAGCUCGUUUGCUGGAAUAUCUUCAAACGCAUCCGGCUGUCGAUGAACAGAAAUCUCGACGCUGGUAACGUUUAUUUACUUUUUGUUUUGUGUUCAACAGCGGACAUUGGGGUAUAAUGUCUAAGCAAUAAUAAGAAUAAAAUAUAGUCAAUGAUUGUGAGAUAAA